AUGGCUCCUACCUUUUCGGCCCUUGGAAUGGCUCUCAACGGCAAGUCCGCAUCUGUCGAUAUCCCAAAGCCUCGCGAUGCCAUGAACCCCCGGGACACCUUCACUGCUGUACCCGGAGCCUCUGGAAAGAAGCGUUCAGGCAUGCUGCCAACUCCUCCGCACUCCAUCUCUCCAAACCUUCCGCCUCAUGGCCGUCGUCGUGCCAGUCAUCAGCAGCAACCUCCCACGUCACCAAAGAGUACCCAGGUCGACUCCGAUAUCGACUUGCAAGAUGCCCCUGAUCUCGCCCAGCCAACGGCCCUCAGUGCUGAGGCUCUGGAUAGUUUGGGUGAUCUCGACAGUGCCGGCGCCAUCACCCCAGGCAUGCUAGCUAAACAUCACCUUCCAGAUAUCUUGCUGUCCCACGGUCCUCUGGCCAUCCGCCACAUUAUGGGCUAUUUGACCACAUCCGUCCCCGGUUUCUCACGCAUUACUUCUGCCAAAGCCAGGCGCUUGGUCGUCGCUGCGCUUGAGGGCAAAGGCGGCGGGUUAGAAGGUGCUGGCCGAGAUGCCGACGUCAUGUUCGAGAAGGUUGGCUGGGGCAGAUGGGAUGCUCGCAUCAAGGGCCAGCCACCGAGAGAGCGUCAGGGCAGCGCCAUCACUCCGCCCGGUAGUUUACCAUCCUCUUAUUCUCAACCUGGACUUCAGGUGCCUGGUCAGCGGUCCUGGCGCACGGGAUCAGAAAACCUAGGCACCAGUUUCACUGGCAACUCGGCCGUCUUCUCCCACUCCGAAAUGGACUAUGAAGACCAGGAUGUGCUGGAACAUGAAGCUGACAAGAUGUCCUUGGAUGGAAAUGAUGAUGGUUACGUUUCCUCCGUCGCCGAAGAGCCUCUUGAUGAGGAUCUAGGAGACGGUGAGAUUACCGAUGAGGAAGAUUGGGGAGCCAUUGGUGCCGAAGCACUCCGAGCACGGUCGCUUCCCAAUGCAGGCCGAUCGGUUUCUGGGCCCGGCCGGCUUUAUCAGCCCAUCGCCACCUAUUCCUACCAUCCUAGGCAACGAAGCAAGACUCCGGCCGACAUUGCAAGAACAGCGCCUGCCCCUGCAAUGCCUCUUAAUAAUCAACAUCCCAACUUUUCUCUUCCCACCGGCGCUGGCGUUAAUAAUUCCCAAGAACAAGCGGCCAUCGAGGCAUUGCUCAGUCUUGGAUCCAUGUAA